AUGAUAAUCUUAAUUCUAAUCUACACCUUCUUCACAGGAACAAAACUUAAAAACAGUGAUGAGAUGAGGAUCGUGAUGGUGGGGAAGACUGGGACUGGGAAGAGCGCUUCUGGAAACACCAUUCUGGGUCGAGAGUGCUUUCCGUCCAAAUGCAGCCCCAAUUCCAAGACUGUAAAAUGCUCCAAAGUCUCCAGUAAUGUGGAUGGACAGCAGGUUGCCGUCAUUGAUACUCCAGGUCUGUUUGACACCAGGUGUGGAGAAGAUGAAACAAAAAAAGAUCUGAGUCAGUGCAUCUGCUUUGCUUCUCCUGGACCCCACAUCUUUCUGGUGGUCGUUACAGUGGGGAGAUUCACAGAAGAAGAAAAACAAUCGGUGCAAAAUAUUAAAAAAAUCUUUGGAGAGGCAGCAGAGAAAUACUGCAUGGUUCUGUUUACCCGUGGAGACUAUCUUGAUACCACCAUUGAGGAUUAUUUGUCAGAAAGCCAAGAGCUGAAGGAUCUGGUGUCCAAGUGUUACGGCCAGUAUCAUGUCUUCAACAAUAAGCUGGAAGAUAAGAAACCUCAGGUCACUGAGCUGCUGAAGAAGAUCAGAACCAUUGUUGACAGGAAUGGAGGAAGUCACUACACCAAUGAGAUGUUCCGAGAGGCUGAGAGGAAAAUCGAAGAAGAGAAACAACGAAUCCUGAAGGAGGAUGAAGAGAAAAAACAUAAAGAGGAUGAAGAACUGGAGAGGAAAAUAAGAGAAAAGUAUGAGAAAAAGAUUCAGAGAAUGUAUCAGCAAAUCCAGGCUGAGAGAGAGAAGGAUAGAGAGGAGGAACAAGAGUGUGAAACCCUGAGAAAUGAACAGAAGGAAGAGCAAGAGAGAGAAAUUCAAGGAGCAGUAUCCCAGCUGCAGUUCAAGUAUGAAUCUGAGCCCAGAG